UGUUGAUAGACAACACAUUUAGUGCAGUAGGCCUACUGAUGACCUCUUGGAACCUGAUACCCGAACUGGAACAUGGAAUCGGGAACAAGUAAAAUUUGCUGAUCAAGUCAUCGACUUAAUCCGUUAUGAUUUCCUUCUUUUCUUUGUACGUUCAGCUGCUUUCAAAUCAUCAAAUACUACUCAUUCCAAGCCAGCUUUUAAAACAAGAAGUCAACAGACGUGCCAUAUGUGUUUGUGAUGUAAGUUAUUCUGUACAAAACACUGAUUGAAGGCUUCAAUCUAAACAAAAAACAACAACAACAAACAAACAAAAAACAAACAGGCAGCAUGACGUCACAUGAUGACAGGCGUGGCGAAAGUGACGUCCAUCCAGAAUCGUUUACAAGCAUCCCAGCUCUACGAAUCCUUACAAAGAAAGAUUAUGACGACAGACCCUUCAGAUGUGGUCUGUGUUUAAAACGUUUCUUCUCUAAGGACGACAUCAAGCUACAUGUUAGUAUUCACAGCCGCGGAAAACUCUACCAGUGCGACGUCUGCAAGACGUAUUCACACGCGAGUUACGACCUUGAAAAGUACAAGCUGGUGCACAGUGGCGUCAAGGCUUUCAGAUGCGAGAUCUGCGCCAAAUGUUUCUCCUGGAGCUCCAACCUGAACAAAGACCAACAGCUUCAUGCUGGGUUGAAACCAUUCACGUGUGAGUUGUGCGACAAAUCUUUCACCCAGAGCUCACACUUGAAGCAGCACAUACUAACUCACACUGGCGUCAAGGCUUUUAAGUGUAAAAUUUGUGUGAAAUCUUUCUCUCAGAGAGGCACCUUGCAGCAGCAUAUGACGACUCACACCGGAGAUAAGCCUUUCGGGUGUGAAGUUUGUGGGAAGCGUUUCUCAAGGAUGUACAACCUGAACCAGCACGUGCUGACACACAAUGCCGCCAAGGCGUUCAAGUGCGUCACGUGUUCUAGACGAUUCGGCCAGGACAAGUAUCUGAAGAAACAUAUGAUGACUCACAUUGGCGUCAGGCCAUACAAGUGUCCUCAAUGUGAGAAGUGGUUCUCGCAGAGAUACAACAUGAAGCAGCAUCAGCUGACUCACGCUGGCGUCAAAUCGUUUAGAUGUGAGAUUUGUGGAAAGUGUUUCUCCAAUCGUCAAUACUUGAAAAGACACAUAGCGACUCAUAGUGGCUACAGGCCCUAUAAAUGUGGGAUGUGUCAGAAGUAUUACAACCGCAAAGAAAACUUGAAGGUCCAUAUGUUAUGUCAUGUCUAAUGGAAAGGGGGCGGGACAUAGCCCUGUAGUAAAACGCGAUCGGUUUGGGUCGAUCCCCAUUGACUGAUUUCUCGUUCCAGUCAGUGCUCCACGACUGCUAUAUCAAAGACCGUGUUAUGUGCUAUCCUGUCUGUCGUAUGUUGCAUAACAGAUCCCUUGCUACUAAUGGAAAAGUGUAGCGGGUUUCCUCUCUAAUACUACGUGUAUAUUAUAUAAAAAUUACCAAAUGUUUGACAUCUAAUAGCCAACGAUUAAUUUGUCAAUGUGCUCUAGUGGUGUCGUUAAACUAAACACACUUUUUCUUAUGGAAGAGAUACACAGCUCAGUGGUAGAAAUCCUUCAUUCCGUCAUAUAGAAUUAAAAACAAUUAAGAGGGCUCAAAAUAGACUGCUGUCUAAAGGCAACGCUACACGAAAUAUUUGGGUAUGGCGUAAUGGAAUUGAAUGCAACCAGUCAACAGGGGGUAUGGGGGGCCUCCCACUCCCUCCCCAAAAAGAAAAUGGGUUAAGUUUAGGGUUAGGGUUAAGAAAACCAUGCAGUAACAGUGUUCUCGCCUCGCUAUUGCAUUUUGCCGCCCUCCUUUCACGUUCUCCUCCCUCCUUUAUGUUUCUGCGCCCCUCUUUAUUUUACAGCACCCUACUAUAUUUUACAGCACCUAUCUCCGCUAUUUCCAAAUCGGCAAAUGCACACUUUUUUCCACACAUAAAAAACACAACGAUCAGUCUGCACACUGGAUAUCAAAGGAAAUUAGUCGCGUUGUGUUUGAAAAAGCAAUUGAUGAAACAUUUACCGUAACGUAAUUUAACAGUAUUUUUAACAGCCUCAAUUUUGUCCCAUACCUGUAUUCAUUUGUAUGUUAAAGUUAUAUUUUAUU